AUGGAUUUUGUUAAAAGAGAGGAUAAUCAUGUGUUGGAGGAAGAGAAUUAUAAGUUAUAUAUGCAAAACCUACAAAAAUCACAUCAGAUCGAUGCAACCGAAUAUCAGCAUACCGCAAUAUCAAUGGAACAACUACAUCAAGCGGUACAGUCAACACUUAAUAACGGAUCGUUGCACAACUUCCAAUUACCGAUAUCACCUCGUCAAAUGUCCACACUCAUGCUGAAGACCAAUCAUCUUACACGAUCACUAGCUUACAAUGAUCUACCGCCACAUCUAUCAAAGAAUCUAGAUAUGGAAUUAUUAUCGAUGCCAAAUGAUAUUCAACAAAUGCGCCACGAGGAUAUACUAAGCCAGAAUCUAUCGAGGAAUCUCGAUUUAACAUUAGCACGUAAUCUUAAUAAUGAACUUGAACUACAGAAUAGCUUAGCUCAGAUACAGAGUUUGCAUGAACAUGAAAUGACAAGGAAUGCGGAGAUCACUCAGAAUUUAAGUCGAGUUAACGAGUUGACUCAGAACAUUGGUCGGGAAAUGCCACAUGAGCUUAACGAAAUAGAUUUAUCCCAACUCAGUAGACACAUAGAUCAGAAUAUGUUAAAUCAUGAUGAAGGAAGACGAAGUCCGAUAAUUCAUUCGGUUGAUAAUCAUUUAUUGGAGCACCAUAUCGCUCAAAGAUUGGAACAGAAUAUUGCAUUGCGAUUGGAUUCAGAGAGGUUGGACCAAACAAUAUCUCAAAGGUUGGAUCAAACAUUGGCGCAAAGAUUGGAUCAGACAUUGGCUCAACGUUUGGAUCAGACAUUGGCUCAACGUUUGGAUCAGACAUUGGCUCAACGUUUGGAUCAGACAUUAGCUCAAAGAUUGGAUCAAACAUUGGCGCAAAGAUUGGAUCAAAGACUACUCAAUCCCGGUGUCAUCCACGAUCAUAGAGUAUUGGAACAAAAUGAGAACUUACUUCCCAUGCCAUUCCACAUAAAGUCUGAACAAGAUGACGAUAGCUAUUUCUAUGACAACCUGAAUCAAGGCAUCAAUACCGCUUCUGUCAACAAUGAGCUACAACAAAACGAUCACAGUCAGACGAAUUCAAAUCAACACGAACAAAUGUAUUCCUUGUUCAAUAAUCCAUCAAUACCGGCUCUAAACUCCAUAGAUUUAUAUUCCCGGACCCCAUAUAUACAGAAUUACCCAGAAACUGCGCGGGAAAAUCCACAGAAUCUAGUCGUAAAUAAACAAUUCGAAAACAACAGUCCAUAUGCUGAGGAAACGAAGAAAAAACAAGAAGAUAUCAAAAAAGAAAGCAAAAUUGAACAUCCGAAAGAGAAUUUGAAACCGAACGAUCAAAAUAAAUUAUACUACGAUUACAACUAUUACGUCAGCGUCGAAAGAAAUGAAAACGAUUCUAGUUCCCAUAACAAAAUUAACGAUGAACUAGCGUUGAACAUAAAAGGUGAAUACUCGUGUUACAAGUGCAACGAAGUGUUUCCAUCGAAAAGACUAUUAAAACAACACUCAAAAAACUGUGAAAGUGCGGACAGUGAUUUAGAUAAAUUGGGUAAAUUCAGUUGUUCCCAGUGCGCGUAUAGAUGUCAAUCACCCGCGAUUCUGAAAAUACACGAAAGAACUCAUACGGGCGAAAAGCCAUACGCGUGUACGUUCUGCGAUUAUAAAUCAGGUCAGAAGAAUAACGUGGCGAAACAUAUAUUAGUGCACAUGAAACAGAAGCCUUUUAGCUGUCAGUAUUGUGAUUAUAAAUGUGCUCAAAAGAAUAAUUUAGUUGUUCAUGAAAGAACCCAUACGGGUUACAAACCGUUUGCGUGCCCAUACUGCGAUUACAGAACCGUACAGAAGCCUAAUUUAGUCAAACAUAUGUAUUUGCACACAGAUCAGAAGCCUUUUAGUUGUGAUAUGUGUAAUUAUAGAUGCGUUCAAAAGACUAAUCUAACGAAACACAAGCAACGCCAUUUAACUGAAUGCGACAAAAUGGACAUAAAAAAUCAAGUCAAACCCUACAAACCCAGACAGAAAUCGGUCAAAUGUGCCCACUGUUCGUAUAGAUGUGUUCAGAAAUCUAGUUUAGACAAACAUAUGCAAUUCAAACAUAGUGACGUACAAACAGAUUUGCAAUUCAAACAAAGUGACGUACAAACAGAUUUGCAAUUCAAACAAAGUGACGUACAAACAGAUUUGCAAUUCAAACAAAGUGAUUUACGAACGGAUUUGCAAUUCAAACAAAGUGAUUUGAGUGAUGGUGUUAAUAGAGCUAGUGAUUUUGAUAGUAUACAGAAUUUAAGCAUAAAAGAUAUGUGCCAGGAUGUUUGUUCUUGA